CCCUGACCGCUGUGACUCACCACCGCCCAAGCCUCUGAGGACCAGACCGUGUAGCUCUCAGGACCACUGAAAGCUAUCCCUUGUCCUCGAGGACGCCUGGAACCCCAGCCCCACUGACCUACUCCGGCAGGAUGAGCUUCUCAGUCACGUACACCGAACUGGCCAACAUCGCCAUCCCACAGUGCGGGGUGCUGAACUUCAAGGCCCUGCACCUCCUGCUGCACGGCAUCUUGGAGCACAUCCACAUGGCUGAGCUCAAGAAGGUCCUCUCGGGGGAUGAGGACUUCUUGCAGACCUCGCAGGUGGUCAUCGUGCCCAGGGAAGGAGAUGCCCAGCCCAUCCUCAACCCCAUGAAGAGGCUCAGCAAUGUCUUCGACCACGUGGUGAGCCGCCUCGACAAGAUGGAAAACCAGCUGGCCCUGCUGCAGGACCUGCCCUCCACCGCCCAGCUGCUGGAAGCCAGUCAGGGCACUGCCCGGCCCAUCCAGGACCUGUGGCAUCUGAUCAAGCUCCGGAAGACGGUGGAGGGUCACGAUGAAGUCAUGGCCAAGUCAAUGCAGACCCUGCAGGACUUGCUCACUGAUCUUCAUGCACUCCAGGUCACCAUCAAAGCCCUUAGGAAGGAAGUGGACAUGCUAAAGAACAUGCUUGACAAGGUACACCCAGAAAGAAUGGAUAUCUUCGCUGAAGACUUCAAAAUACAGAACCGGAAGAUGAUCGCACUGCAGCGGGAAGUGGCUUCUCUCCAGAAUAAGUUUCAAACCAUCCCCAAAACCGAGGACAUGGUGCUCUGGAGUGGCCUCCAUGAGGCCAUGUUCGCUUCGGAAAUUGGUUCAUCACAGCUGGACCUGUGGCAGUCCAUGGAUCAGCUCCCAGAGGCUGCCCUGGCCCAGACCACCGAGUACCUUGAAGCUACUCGUGCCAUCCAGGUCUCCGAGCCUGUCCAAAACCCCCAGCUGCUGCAGACUGUCUGGCAUUACGAGGUCCCAGAGCUCCUCCCGGAGGACUCAUCAUCUGCCCAAGCAUUUUCUCUCAGCAGUGCCCAGGAGCCAGCGCAGCCUCCGGCCCUCACACCUGAGUCCGCACCUGGGCGCACAACUGCAUUUGCACCUGGGCCUGCACCUGGGACUGAACCUGUGCCAGGGCCAGAGCUGGGGCUGGAGCUGGAGCCUGUGCCUGCCCUGGGGCCCGUCCCAGGGCCCACUGUGACACCUGGGUCCUUGCCAGCACCUUGGCCUAUGCUUGGACCUGCGCCUGCCCCAGGUGCCCAGCCUCCACCACCAGGAGGCUGGCCUGCAUUCCCAAGACGCUGGCCUCUUCCCCAAGGCUGGCCCAGGAUGGGCUCUUGGCCUUUGUGGGACUUAGGUGUCCUGCGGCCAACUCAGCCUCAACCCUCCAGGGCCCCACCACCAGCCACCGAGUUUGCCUCAGCGUGGCCUCAACCACUCCAGCCAUAUCAGUCUCGCCAGGGAGAAGACCUCCAACUCACAGCUAUUCAAGAAAAGGGGGAGGAAAAUGAUGUCCCCAGCCUGAGGGGCCUCCAGGAGAGGGCCCGCAAGGAUGGGGCCCCCAAGGAUAGAACUCGCAAGGAUGGGGUUCCCAAAGAUAGAGGCGGCAAGGAUGUGGACCCCAAGGAUAGAGGUGGCAAGGAUGGGGCCCCCAAGGAUAGAGGUGGCAAGGAUGGGGCCCCCAAGGAUAGAGCUCACAAGGAUGAGGUACCCAAAGAUAGAAGUGGCAAGGACGGGGCCCCCAAGGAUAGAGUUGGCAAGGAGGGGGACCCCAAGGAAGCACAGCUUAAGGCUCCCCGGUCUGCCUUUCACCGGCUGAAAACCACUGCUGCCAUUGCCGCUGCCGCUGCCGCAGCCUAUGCAGCCGCCGCAUCCUCCGCUGCGCAGACAGCCAAGGUUGCUGCCAAGUUGGUCAAGGACUCCCCAGCCACCAAAAUGGCCACCAUUGCAACAGACACGGCUGCAGCUGGGCCCCUAGGGGUCUUUGCAGAUGUCCUGGGUGCAGGGCCUUCCCGGGGAGCCACAGAAUCCCAGGCCUUGGGCGAUGAUUCCGAAAUCUACUACGAAAUCCUCUCUCCCUCCUACUCUGCUGCCAGCAUCAGUCCCGAUACAGCCCUGUCCCAGGCCAUGGUGGCUGCCAAGCAGGCCACAAGCCCUGAAGACAAGAAGAGGGCUGUCAGGUAUUCCAUGAGCCACAUGGCCCAGAUACCUGUCAAACACGACUCCCUGAAAGAAGAGUUUGCCCAGCUGUCCUUCAACCUGAACCAGCGCUUGAGUUAUCUAGGUAGGCCUGGUCUGGCCCUGGGAAGGGCACAAGGGAAGGCCUGGGGUGUCUGUGUCUCCCCCUUUUAGGAGGAAGAACUUGAGAUAAUUUGGGGCAACCAAAUACAGGCAAUGAAGGAUCGCUACGUGACUUUGGACAAGGCAGUGGAGAAGCUGGAGAUUCGCGUGGAUGAGUUCAAGACUCUCCAGGCUCAAAUCAAAAGACUGGAAAUGAACAAGGUGAAUAAGAGCACGAUGGAGGAGGAGCUGAGAGAAAAAGCCGACAGGAGCGCCCUGGCAGGCAAGGCAAGCCGAGCUGACCUGGAGUCUGUGGCCUUGGGGAUGAACGAGAUGAUUCAGGGCAUGCUCUUUAAGGUCACGAUCCACGAGGACAACUGGAAGAAGGCUGUGGAGGAGCUCAGCAAGGAUGUGAACACGAAGCUAGUCCACAGUGAUCUGGAUCCAUUGAAGAAAGAAAUGGAAGAGGUCUGGAAAAUAGUCCGGAAGCUGCUGAUUGAGGGCUUAAGAUUGGAUCCUGACAGUGCUGCCGGCUUUAGAAGGAAACUGUUCGAGCACGUGAAGUGCAUCUCUUGUGACCGGCCCGUGGAGAUGAUGACUGGCCCACAUCUGAUCACCAUCCGCAAAGCCCACCUGCUGUCCCGGCUGCGGCCAGCCAGCGCCAACAGCUACGAGUACUUGCAGCGGCAACACAUGAGGGAACAGCAGCGGCUGCAGUGCCAGGACCUCAGUAUCCAGGAGGAUUAUCAGCAGGACUGGGGUGACGGCCCCCAAAACGCCGCCAGCCUCAAGUGCAAGUCCUGCAACCUGUCGACGCUCUAUCCCUAUGGGGAUCCCCACAUGAUCGACUAUGACAGCGCUGAGGUGGACAUCCUGGGCGUGGAUGGGAUCCUGUACAAAGGCCGCAUGAACAGCCAGAGGGGGGCUCAGCCCUCGGCCAUUGCAAAGGAGCUGGCAGCUGUGAAGGCUCCGUGUCCCCCGUCACAAAGCCUGUAUGACCGUGUGCACUCCAGCGCCCUGUUGGGUGCCAUCUGCCCCCCCCUGUGCCCCAGCAACAGUGCCCACUCAGCUGCCUCAGGCCCUCAUCCGACGAUGCCAGCUCGGCCACCUUCCCUGCCACCUCUGCCGCUGCUGCCACCGCUGAUUCCACCCCUGAGGGACCCCCAGCAGGCCCCAGGGUCCACCAGGCUCUCAAGAGCUCCACACAUUGAGUCCCGAGUCAGCAGGAAGCCCCCAGAGGAGCCCGCCAACCCGUGA